AUGACAAAGAAAGUUGAAUAAUGUUUUUCUCGGUUCCAACCUGUUCAGAAGUUUCAGACGAGGAUGGCUCAGUUUACACUGCCUAUGAUAUACAUUUGAAUGGAGCUGCACAUUCAGCAGUUAGAUAUAGUCAACUUCACAAGCUCAAUGAACAAAUUCUGAGACGGUUUGAUACAAGCGCCCUGGCAGAAUUCCCCCCUAAAAAGUUGUUUGCUCUCAGUGCCCACGAGAAAGAGGAAAGAAAAACAAUGCUUGAACUUUAUCUGCAAACCAUUGGCCAGCAACCUGAGAUAGCUAAGUCAAACCUGUUUGUUGACUUCUUGAUUCAAUCCCAAAAGGAAUUCAAUAAAUUAAAUGAUGCUGAUUCAGUAAAAAUUACGGUUAGUCAGGCUGACGGAAAGAAGAUAUCAGUUGACAUAACGGGUUCAGAUUACACACCUGAGGUGCUCCGAUACACGGCUGCAACUCUUGGUAUUGACACAAAACAUCACCCUUUCUUUGCUCUCUAUCUGAUGAAACAAGAAACAAAGAAAAAAAGUGUUGUCAGGCGGCUGCAGGAUAUGGAGUGUCCCUAUCUUACUUUGAAAUCGCUUGAUGAGUCCCACUCUAUUGAAAUAAGAAAAUCUUAUUGGGACAAAAAGCACGAUGAUCAAUUGAUGCAGCAUAACGUUUCCCUUCACAUGCUUUACAUUGAAAGUAUAAGAAACAUGGAAGACAGGUGGAUAAAGCCAUCUGCUGAAACACUGAAGACACUAAAGCAGUUUAAAACUGCUGGAUUGAAGGAACAGUUUAUCAAGGUGGUAAGAUCAGAGAGCAUGUACGGGUAUAUGAUGCUUGGAUCUGGUAGUGUAGAUUAUCCUGAUCAAAACAGCCAAGAAGAGGUAGUAGUGUAUGGGGGUGCUGAGAAGUUAAAACUUGUAUUUAAAGAUGGAAAAACGAUAUCACUUCCCGUCAGAAGAGUUAAGUGCUGGACUCUUUUCACGGAGAAGAAAGACGUUCUUUCCCUUCACUUCCUCGUUAUGAAGGAUGUCUUGCAGUGGAUUAAUAUCUCGACCUCGUCUUCAAAUGUCAUCCUCAUUUCGAUGGCCCUGCAGUCUAUUCUUGAUGAACUGGUUCUCUUAAGUAAGGGACAGCAACUUGAGCUGACUAGGGUCGAAGCGACUGAGUCUUAUCUUCCAAUAUCGAACAAAGAGAGGAAGCUAAAAGAAGAACGAAAGAAACGUGUACCAAGUUUCAGUUCUUUGCAAAACCAAGAAAAUGAACUGUUCAUGGAAGGGCUGAACGAUGAUGAUCUGAUGCUGGAGGAUCUAGGCGGGUUCCUGUUCGAGCAUGUCCUGUCCUUCCUCUCUCCCUCAGACCAUUCCCAGUUGUGUCUAACAUCAGCUGUGUUGCAUCAGCAGACAUCUGACUACCUGCUUCAUUGGAGUAAUGCUGCUGGCAGAGACCUGCAGAUCAAACUCUUUUUUGAGGAAAACCAAUCUCUCCUACUCCCAAAAGAGCGGCAAUUAUACGAGAGAUUCCUGAGGGUGAUAACACAAACCCCCGAUAUAACCUACCAGAAACUGCCAGUGUACCACGCAAUCCUGAACCACAUCAACAACUCAGAAGACGUGAGACGAGUCAGCAUUAUCUCCUCCCACAUGUUCAGUUACCUGGGUGACACCGACCACGUGUUCCUGAAAUACAACGAGGAGCUCCAACGUGAGGUAGUCUUCCUCAAGGAGAUAUCCUGGCUCAUGUUCUGCACCAACCUCCCUAAGUUCUGUUCUGAAGUGUACCCUGCCUCCUACUGUAUCAGGCUCCACCUCCAGAUACGGUCUGAUGUGGUGUGGAAGGGGGAUAAGCCCAUGGUGGUCAGACUGUUGAAGUGUAAGACACAUGAGCUGGUGCGGCACAACUUUAUACAUCCGGGUGUGUGGAGGGAUGUAUCCCAGGGUAAAGAGGUGGACCUGUCCUACAACAACUAUAAUGAUAAGAACCUUAAAAUAGUCCCUACUGACACACCCACUCACUCUUCUGAAACCUCUUCCUCUACAUUCUCCACCUCAUCAUCAACUUCCUCAUCUUCAUCAUCAACAUCAUCACCCCUGUCUUCAUCGCUGGUGGUGUGUGCGAGGUUUAGGUCCAGUUCGUCAACAGCUCACUCUUCUGAAACCUCUUCCUCUACAUUCUCCACCUCAUCAUCAACUUCCUCAUCUUCAUCAUCAACAUCAUCACCCCUGUCUUCAUCGCUGGUGGUGUGUGCCAGGUUUAGGUCCAGUUCGUCAACAGGUAUUGCUUUCUCAUAA